UGGAGGCAGAGGUCCAGCAAUAAACUUGAUGAAAAUGAAACCAAAGUAUUUUCAGAUGUUUUUGCUAUUAUUCGGAGUUCUGAAUCUGGUAGAAAGCAAGAGAUACUAUAAAUAUGAUGAUGAUAAUGAUAAUAAGUUUUAUGAAUAUCGCCGAGCUCAAAUUUUACGUCCCAGAAUGAUUAACCAUGAGUCGAUAAAUACGUGCCAUGACUAUAAAAAAAUUGCACGUUGGAUUAACGAUCAGGUAGUCCGAACAGACAAAUUGAAACAUUUCAAUCGACAUUUGGGUAAGCUUAUACAAUCUCUUAAUGACUCUGAAACGAAGGAGCAUUGUUGUUUCUAUGAAAAACUCACUAUGAGCAGGAUUUUUGAAAACAUUAAUAAGUUGGCCAAUGAAACUGCUCGGCCUAAUAAAGAAUUGGGCAAGGAUUUGGAUCAAAUAUUAAAAAUGAUAAAGAAUCUCCUAAGCAAGGACAUGAAAACUUGCUGCGAGCAAUUAUACGAAGCCCUCAUAAAACUUGAAUUGAAUUUCCAAAAGCAAUUAAAUGAUCUAAAGAAAUCCACCGAGCAAAACAAUGAGAAUCGCAACCAACAAAGAGAUAAACUUAAGAAGGAGCAAACGGAACUGGAGAAACAAAUAAAAGACUUAUCCAGCCAUUUAGUUAAUAUGGAAAAACAAGUUAAAGACAAUGAGUCCACAGCCACCAAUUGUUGUAACAAAUCAGAAGAUAAAAUCAAACAAUUGAAUGACACAAUCCAGGCCGAGAGAAAGGCAAUAGAAGAUGAGGCCAACAAUUUGAAAAAUCAAAUAAAUCACUUGACUGAAAAUCAAAGUGAACAAAAUAACUCCAUAAAUAAUGCCACACAGACAGUAAAUUCUCGUACAGAAAGCAUUGAGAGUGCUCUCAAAAAGUGCGAAUUGAGUGAAACUGCUUCCGAUCAAUUAAAAAACUCUUCAGUUUUGGAAAAGAGAAUUCAAGAGCUUGAGGACAUUACUAAAAUACUAUCUGAUCGCAUUUCUAAUAAUGGUAGUAUUACUCCAGUUUGUCAGAAAAUCGAGGAGGAUAUGCUACAAUUUAGAAACUUGACAGCAAAACUUCAAAAAGUUCAGAAGAAAGGCAAUGAAUAUUUGCAAAAUAAAGUACAAAAACUGGAGAAUCAAAUGGAAAUUUCUAAAGGAUGUUGCGACAAAAUACAAAAACUUGAGGACAAUGCAAUAAAGAUACGAAAUGAUAUUACAACAAUGAAUACGAGUUAUAAUGAACACAUUAAAGGACUCGAAUCAAGAUUAGAGGAGCUUAAAAACCGUUUGGAUGAAGCUUUGAUGAAAGUAAGCAAAGAAAACGACUCGAAAAAUGGAAAUGACCGUAAUGAACUUUCUCAAAGUAUCAAGGACCUACAACAACAACUUAAUGAUGCAAAAAAUGAACUGAAACAAAUUUCUCAUCACAAGAAUGAAACCGAGGCUCAGAUUGAGCUCUUCAUUGAAAAUUGCAACAAGAAAUUCUCUGAAUUAAAUAAUUCUAUAAUUGCUGAAGUCAAAGCCAAUAAUGAACUUAUUGAGGAGUUCGAAAUCCGUUUAGAUAAAAUCGACGAAAGGCUGAAACACCAGAAUCAUAGCAUGUUAGAUUUAGUGAAACGCAUAAACCACUUGGAAACCCAUCUAGAAAUUCUAAAUAAAAAUAUAGCUAGGGUCCAAGAGCUGCAAAAUCGCAAGGAUGACCUGCAAAAGUUAAUAAAGGAUGAAUUAAACAAAAUAGCUAACUUGCAAGCUCAAGUUUCGGCAUGUGUGGUUAAAUGUAAGAAAAUGAACCAAGUGGAUGAUCUGAUUGAUCGUAUUGAGGACUUGGAAAAAAUUGCCAAAAAUUGUCCACACACAACGCAAAAACCGAAAAUUGUUCUUGAGAAGUCAACCACAACAACUGCGAAACCUGCGACACCUGCGACAACUACGAGAAAAAGAAAUCGUAGGCCAUCUGGUGUCAUUGGUGGCGCACACGACGCGGCGGAAAAAUGGGGGGAUGACUGGCUUAAAAAAACCAGAAGGACUAAAGUUGAAUUUAACCAAUAUGGAAACUGAUGUUUUGUUUAGAAUAAUCAGAUAAGAUUUUGAUGUCGAAUUUUCGAUAACAAUAAACAAAUUUCUCACUUCAAA